AGAAGGUAAAUGCGCCCAACCUCACGAACACGAGUGCUUCACAAGUGCUUACUUGCUCAGAUCAGAUGAAAUUCAGGGUGCAACUUUGCAGUUUGUACAACUUUGUUACAUCUUUGAGUCGUUGAGGUGAUCAUUCGCGCUGAUUUUCACAUCGGUGGAGCUAGAGAAUUCCGACAAACUCCAAACCCCUACUCCAAGGAAACUGGCGGAGAGGGAAACGACGAUCGAGAUUACGGAAAGCGAUCCGGAGACCGCAAUCAGACCCGUGGAAUCGGAAUGGCUGUCACGAGACGUUGUGUCGCGGCAUGCAUGUUACUAGCGAUACUCUCGUUGCUGGUAGAGACAGGACACAGCAUGCAAUGUUACCAAUGUAACAGCACCAGCACCGAGAAUCCAUUUCAAUGUAAUGAAUUCCUGACGACCGACAAUGAUCUUCAGCCUAGAUCAUGCGACGACGUUUAUGGAGCGCAAUAUUGUGUCAAGCACAUAGGCCGCUUCGAGGGUGGCAUUGGUACAAAGCGAUUUUGCUCGUCCGUGCACAUGGGGAACUACUGCGACUAUGUGAAACAACCGGGUGACAAGCUGACUUACCGCACUUGCGUAUUCACAUGUUCCGAAGAUGGAUGCAAUUCAGCGGUAUCCUUUAUGCCAGAUGUAAUGUAUACAUGGAUCAUGCCAGCGAGUUUAAUAGUAGCCUGGAAAAAACUAUUUCACAGAUUUCUCCUGCCAAUAACAUUUCAAAUAUCACGGAGUGUGAUGCUUACGAGAUAUUUCUUACCAGUAUCAGAAAAUUAAUCAAUUUUAAGAUCUUUUUCGCAACUUUAUAUUUCAAUCCUGUGUAAUAGGAUUGUCACUUUUAAUUGAAAUAUUUGAAUUAUUUUAUCAUGAUUAUUCAUUCAUAUUUUUUGAAACUUAAAUUAUAUUCUUAUAGGAUUUAUACUCCAAUAAUUCGUUCACAGGCUGUGUUCGGAUAUACACUGCCAGUAUUGAAAUUCUACGGUAUACAUACGUAAAUUAUUGAAAAUAAAGUUGCCAAAAAAGAUCGAAGAUAAAUUUCAAA